GUUUCCUUUCCUCUGCAAGAGAUUUGAACUAAGAAGUCUUUUCUCUCUGCUGCAGAAGAGCGUUCCUGCAUUCCCACAAAUCUUUCAAGAGGACUCAAAACGAAUGUGACCAGCCCAACAAGGUUUGAAGACCCUCGGAAACUCCUGGCGAUAUUUCAGAUAGAGAGUAAACAUUCCUUGCCUCUUCGGUGACAACAAUGAGUCAAAAAGAUCCACCUGAAGAAGUGGACGGAGACACUAUUCCUUUCUGCUUGGUUUGCGGCCAGCCACAUCUUCCAGAGGAAAACCACGUCUAUAGCUACACAGAAGAUGUGGAUGAUGAUCUUAUCUGCCAUAUCUGCUUGCAGCCAUUGCUUCAGCCUCUGGAUACACCUUGUGGACACACUUAUUGCACCGUGUGCCUUACCGAUUUCCUUGUGGAAAAAGACUUCUGCCCAGUCGAUCGCAAAACUCUGAUCCUACAGGCUUGCAGAAAAUCCAGCCUGCUAGUCAAUAAACUCCUGGAUAAGCUAAUGGUUAGCUGCCCUUUCACAGAACACUGCUCUGAGGUUGUGCAACGCUGUAAUCUUGAACAACAUUUUCAAAAUGGAUGUAAAGGAGCAUCUCAUUAUGGCCUUACCAAGGAGCGAAAGCGACGUUCACAGGAUGGGUCCCCUGAUUCUAAUGCCGCUUUAACUGUAGCCGCUCUUGGCCCAGAGCUCUCUGCUGCCGCCACUAUAGCCUUAAUGACAGAUGAGCCAGGCCUCAUUAAUCCAGCCUUCAGCACCACCUCCGAAGACCACCAGACAGGAGCCAGUUCUGCAGAGCUUAACAGAAGCAGCCAAACUAGAACUCGACAUUUUGAACGCUCCACUAUAAGAAGCAGGUCUUUUAAAAAAAUAAACAGAGCAUUCAAUGUUCUUCGAAGGACUAAAAGUGGCAGUGCUGUAGCUAACCAGUCUGAACGGGAGCAAGAGAAUGUUGAAACUUUGGGUACUUCUGAGGAAGUCUUCCCAAGAUUAUAUCACCUCAUCCCAGAUGGUGAAAUCACCAGCAUUAAGAUCAGCCGUAGUGAUCCCAGUGAAAGCCUUGCCAUCAGGAUUGUGGGAGGCAACGAAACGCCAUUGGUUCACAUCAUCAUACAGCACAUCUAUAGAGAUGGAAUAAUUGCCAGAGAUGGAAGAUUACUGCCAGGGGAUAUGAUCCUGAAGGUAAAUGGCAUAGACAUUAGGAACGUGCCGCACAGCUAUGCCUUGUCUAUCCUGAGGCAACCUUGUCAAGUCCUCCGGCUCACAGUGCUCAGAGAGCAGAGAUAUCGGUGCCAAAACAGUGGACUCUCUUCUGACAUUUCCUUCCACACUGAUGACAGUUUCCAUGUCAUUCUGAACAAAAGCAGUCCAGAUGAGCAGCUGGGCAUCAAGCUGGUCCGCAAGGCCAAUGAGACUGGAGUGUUUAUUUUCAACCUGCUGGAAGGAGGUGUUGCUGCACGUGAUGGGCAGCUUCAAGAGAAUGACAGGGUGUUGGCGAUCAAUGGGCAUGAUCUACAAUAUGGGAGUCCAGAAAGCGCAGCCCAGCUGAUUCAGGCAAGCGAGAAACGUGUUCACUUCACUGUGUCUCGGCAAAGCAGGCAACAGACUCCUGAUAUCUUGCAGGCGGUCGGAUGGGAUUACAACAGUAGCCAUCAUCAGCCAUUCCCUGCCCUGAGGAACAAUCCUAAAAAGGUGAGGCUAGCACUCCUUCCCUCUCUCACCUGUCAUGAAAAGGUGGUGGUUGUCCGAAAAGAUAAUGCAGAAUCACUGGGAAUGACUGUGGCAGGGGGUGCCUCUUCCCACAGGGAAUGGGAUUUGCCUAUCUAUGUGAUAAGUGUUGAACCGGGUGGAGUCAUCAGUAGAGAUGGCAGAAUCAAAACAGGAGAUAUUCUGCUCAAUGUGAAUGGAAUUGAUCUGACAGCUGUCAACCGUGGGGAGGCUGUAGCCCUUUUGAAAAACGUCUCCACCUCCGUUGUACUCAAAGCACUAGAACUGAAAGAAUGUGAGAACUUAGGAGAGAGGGGUGACAGCUUGUUGUUUGAUGCCAAUUUGAACCCGUCCAGUCACAGUGAAUGGUCUCCUUCCUGGGUGAGGUGGCUUGAGCUACCAAGGUAUUUGUACAGUUGCAAAGAAAUUGUGUUACGAAGAAAUACAGCAGGAAGUCUUGGCUUCAGUAUUGUGGGGGGCUAUGAAGAAAACAGUGGGAACAAACCCUUUUUUAUCAAAUCCAUUGUUGGAGGGACACCAGCAUAUAAUGACGGACGUAUCAGGUGUGGUGACAUCCUCCUAGCUGUUAAUGGAAGGAAUAUCUCAGGCAUGGUACAUGGCAGUUUGGCAAGGAUGCUAAAAGAACUGAAGGGGAAAAUUACUCUUACCAUUGUGUCCUGGCCUGGCACUUUUUUAUAAAGCUGUAAUUAAACUGAGAGCAGCAUAUCAUUUGACACAAAAUCAGCCACUUAAUAUGGACCUCUGUUUACUCCACUUUCUGGUCAACUGUAUACUAGUAAAAGAAAAACUUGUGAAGUGUGUACAUACCACAGAAAAAUAACCAAGCUAUGUGUAAACAGAAAGACAUGCACUUUUAA